CUUCUAAAAAUGUCUCUUUUGCACAUACAAAUCCAAACUGUAUAAACUUCUGUCCCAGAAGUUUCUACUUUGAUGAGCUUUCACUAUAAUCCAAGUGUCUUGCUGGCUUGCUGUCUGCACUGCAGGCUCCAGGGCCUUCACACUCCAUGAGCUAGGCAACUGCUCCAUGCUUGCUGCUUCAGGCUGGGGGACUCCCUCACACUUCCAGCUGUGGCAGCUGCUAGGAAACCAGUAGAUCAUGAGGUGAACAUCUUGAUAAAAGGAGCUGGAGGAGUUCUCGCCCACUGCCUGCUAACUCUGGCAGCAGCCAGUGUACUUGAGCUUUGGGGAGCUUGUUCCUCCCUCCUGGAGUGGAGUGUACUGCAAGCCUUUUGUAGCAAAUUCUGAGUCCUGACCAGCUGCCCUAGGAACUACCAUGUUCAGCCAAGUAAGUCAGUUGGAUACUCUGGAAAAAACUGUUCAGAUGAUGGCAUGUGUUGACAUGAACCAUUCUCUGCCAUACUUAAAAAAAAAAAAAUUGUAAAAUUUGCCAUUACUCGUGAGUUGCAUCUCAUUUUCAUGCCUGCUAUUUGGGGGUGUGUUUAACAGCUAUGUUCUCUCUAUCUGCAGCACAGGAGUAGAUCUGAGAAUGUAACCUGAGGUCAUACAAAAGAGUGGUGGAAAAUUUUGGGAGCCUGGAUAAUCUGAGGUGACAGCACUUGAAACUUUCAAGUCACAACCAGACAUAAACAAGCAUUUGUGGUGGCUUGCGCCCAUCGGGCUUUCUACCACAUUUCUUUCUGCAGAAGGGCUCCUCUUGUCGUUGGAGUGACAGGGGUGCUGGGCACUGCUUGCAGUCUUACUUUGUUACUGGGGUCUGUCAGGAGCUGGCAGGGGUGGUACAGUGCUUCAGCCCCAGCCUCCUUGAACCUACAAGUCUGAAUAUGCUACAGACCCCGAUGAAGUUUUGCGUUAUUUCUAAGUGUAGUUAAAAAAACCAAUCCCUGAGAACUGUAAAAGACACAGCUGGGUUGCAGCAGCAGCAGCUUUCCAUGCAAACAUAGUAUCUUAUUUAAUGGCUGUGAGCAUUCCUUGUAGUCGAUGGAUGGGUGACAGGAAGAAAAUGAUUUAACAGUAUCCUUCUGGACCAAUUUUAAACAAAAAGUGAAGUUUUUUUAGCAAGUAAAAUAUGUGCUGCUGAAGAGAUAAAAAACACUUCUGGCAUUUAUCCUGCAGCCAAAUGCAAAAUAAUGAUAUAUUGUCCUUUUAUGUAAGGCUGACUUGUUUUUGUAUAGAUAGUGGUCAAUUUUGCAAAAACAUCAAAAAUAUUUUUAAUAUAUAAUUCUAAAUUUGGAGGUUCUUUGUGGCAUUAAAAUGGCAGACACUGAUCUGUAUGCACCUGAAUAUUAUAGAUAAAACAGUCAUUCAUGAUUUAGGGAUAGGGAUUUCUUAAAUUUAGUUUUGUUUUUUAGAAGUAUGCAUUUCAAAUUCAAUUUUACACUGUGUGUGUGUAUGUAUGUCAUUGCCCUCUACUGGACAGAUUAGAGAAAUUUUUUGAGCAAUGCUACCAGCUUGCUUGAAGUCUGUGGCUGUUACUUCACCACAAUCGGAAGAGGGAUGUCUUCACACUCCAAGUAUUAAACAAGCAUAUGGAAAUAUCUCUUUAAGAACCUUGGCCUGGAGUCUGAGAAGAAGAAGAAUGCAGUUUCUGUGAUGCGCUGUCCAGCAUUACCUUUAUGCAGAAGAUGAAGCAGCAGAGAAAUUGGGAAAAGUACAUCUUCACAUUCAGCUGGAAAUGUGGAAAUGCAGAAAACAAGUCAGCAAGCUACGCUUAACAGAUGAAAAAGUGAAGGCGUAUCUUUCUCUUCACCCCCAGGUACUGGAUGAGUUUGUGUCAGAAAGUGUAAGUGCAGAAACUGUGGAAAAAUGGCUAAAAAGGAAAAAUAACAGACAAGAAGAUGAAACUGCUCCUAAAGAAGUCAGCAGGUACCAGGAUACGAAUAUGCAGGGCGUAGUGUACGAAUUAAACAGCUACAUAGAGCAGCGCCUGGAUACAGGAGGAGAUAACCAACUGCUUCUGUAUGAACUGAGCAGCAUCAUUAAAAUAGCUACAAAAGCUGAUGGAUUUGCACUAUAUUUCCUGGGAGAAUGCAAUAAUAGUCUGUGUGUAUUUACACCACCAGGAGCUAAAGAAGGACACCCACGACUCAUUCCUGCAGGGCCCAUUGCACAUGGCACUACGGUAUCUGCUUAUGUAGCCAGAUCCAGAAAAACCUUGUUAGUAGAAGAUAUUCUGGGGGAUGAGCGAUUUCCCAAAGGUACUGGACUGGAGUCGGGAACCCGUAUCCAAUCUGUUCUGUGUUUGCCAAUUGUCACAGCAAUUGGUGACCUGAUUGGUAUCCUGGAGCUUUACCGUCACUGGGGCAAAGAAGCCUUCCACCACAGUCACCAAGAGGUUGCAACAGCAAAUCUUGCAUGGGCUUCAGUAGCAAUACAUCAAGUACAAGUGUGCCGGGGCCUUGCCAAGCAGACUGAACUGAAUGACUUCUUGCUUGAUGUAUCAAAAACAUAUUUUGAUAAUAUAGUUGCAAUAGAUUCUCUACUUGAACAUAUAAUGAUAUAUGCAAAAAACCUGGUGAAUGCAGAUAGGUGUGCACUCUUCCAGGUGGACCACAAAAAUAAGGAGCUGUAUUCAGACCUUUUUGAUAUUGGAGAAGAAAAUGAUGGAAAACCUGUCUUCAAGAAGACCAAAGAAAUAAGAUUUUCUAUAGAAAAAGGAAUAGCUGGUCAAGUGGCAAGAACAGGAGAAGUCCUUAACAUCCCUGAUGCCUAUGCAGAUCCACGCUUUAACAGAGAAGUAGACCUCUAUACAGGCUACACAACCAGAAAUAUCCUGUGCAUGCCUAUUGUGAGCCGAGGAAGUGUAAUAGGGGUUGUGCAGAUGGUUAAUAAAAUAAGUGGAAGUGCCUUCUCUAAAACUGAUGAGAACAACUUUAAAAUGUUUGCAGUCUUUUGUGCUUUAGCCUUACACUGUGCUAAUAUGUACCACAGAAUUCGUCAUUCAGAGUGUAUUUACCGUGUAACAAUGGAGAAGCUAUCCUACCAUAGUGUUUGUACAGCAGAAGAGUGGCAAAACCUCAUGCACUGUACGCUGCCUCCACAUAUUUAUAAAGAAAUUGAGCUAUACCAUUUUGAUAUCAGUCCAUAUGAAGAUGUUUGGCCUGCUAUUUUUGUCUAUAUGGUUCACCAGUCCUGUGGGACAGCCUGCUUUGAACUUGAAAAGCUGUGCCGAUUUACUAUGUCUGUAAAGAAGAACUAUCGCCGCGUGCCCUACCACAACUGGAAGCAUGCAGUUACUGUUGCCCAUUGCAUGUAUGCCAUACUGCAGAACAACCAGGGGCUUUUCACUGAUCUAGAGCGAAAGGGUCUUUUAGUUGCAUGCCUGUGUCAUGACCUGGAUCACAGAGGUUACAGCAACAGCUAUCUUCAGAAAUUUGAUCACCCCUUAGCUGCUCUCUAUUCCACAUCAACGAUGGAACAGCACCACUUCUCGCAGACUGUGUCCAUCCUGCAGCUGGAAGGGCACAAUGUCUUCUCCAAUCUGAGCUCCAGUGAAUAUGAGCAAGUACUUGAGAUCAUCCGGAAAGCCAUCAUCGCCACAGACCUUGCCCUGUAUUUUGGAAACAGAAAACAACUUGAAGAGCUUCAUCAGACAGGAGCAUUAAACCUUAAGAACCAAACACACAGAGAUAGAGUGAUUGGCCUGAUGAUGACAGCUUGUGAUCUGUGUUCUGUGACCAAGCUGUGGCCUGUUACCAGACUGACGGCCAAUGAUAUAUAUGCAGAGUUCUGGGCUGAGGGUGAUGAAAUGAAGAAAACAGGUAUUCAGCCUAUUCCUAUGAUGGACAGAGAUAAGAAAGAUGAAGUCCCUCAGGGUCAGAUUGGGUUCUACAAUGCUGUAGCCAUCCCAUGUUACACCACCCUUGCACAGAUCUUUCCUCCAACUGGGCCACUACUCCGAGCAUGCAGGGACAAUCUUAACCAAUGGGAGAAAGUAACGAGAGGUGAGGAAGCCUCUAUAUGGAUUUCUUCUCAAUCCCUUGCUCCUGGGACUUCAGAUUCUCUUCCUGUGAAGAUUGAUGACUGAACAGCAGUAACAGAUUGCUUUAACCUGAAAAGCACCCCUUCUUGUUUUGGGGACUGUUUUUUGUUUUGUUUCAUUUUUAUUUGAAAAAGAGAAAAAGCAAAAAGGAAAGCUGCAAAAUGCUAAGAAGUAGACCUGCCUAGGAAGGUAACACCUAUGGAGUUACCUCAGCUAAAUGACUCUGGCAGCCAAUCUCCUGACCUACACCAGUGACACAACGUAAAUAGAGGGAAAAUGACAACCCAGAUGUUUUGGAGUCAGCUAUCAGAAGAGAACUUACAACUUGUGAAUAUAAAAGACUGGCCUUAUCUCAUGGGCUACAUUGCUGAGGCCUUAAUUUAAAACUGAUGGGGGUGGGGGGGAAUCUUAUGGGGUACUUCUAAAUUGUAUCUUUCUAGUAAGGGUUUCAAUGGUACUUUUAUUAUACAGUACUGUGGCUGGCUUUAACACCAGUGUCACUUGGGAGUUCUUGGCUAUAAAUAGAACAAUAUACCCAUUGCUAUUGUGAAUGUUUAUGUGUGAUCUACUUGUAAUCAGUUUGAACUCCAGCAGAAUCCUUGGAGAUUAUAAUUUAUGCUUAGGUUACAGUGAAUUCUCUUGCUGCAAACUAAAGGAAAACCAACAUUCAGGUUAAAGUUUUAAAGUACUUCAUUAAGCAUCAUGAUGCCAAUUGUCUGUCACUCACAAGGGAAAUGUUGAUAGAACUAGUGAUGGUGCUUUGUUCUUUAGGAUGUUUUUUAAAACUAGACAACUCCUCCCUUAAAACACUGGAAGUACUGGUUAAUUAUCUCUGAUAUGAGAGGGAAUUUUAGGUUGGAGUUUUUGUACCCAUAGUGACAGAAAUAUUGGAUAAAAUUGAAAUGUGACAGGAAAGAUUUUCCUUGCCUAGCUCACAAUUAAGUAAGGUCAUGAUUUUUAUUUCUACCUGCUGAGUUGUAUUUUAAAAGGCAUUGAAGACAUACCUGAAGUAUGCUAUCUGCUGGGAACAAAAGCCUCAUCAGAAAAGUCAGGUCUGAUAAGAGGGAUUGUGGUACCAUCACAAUAAAUCAAAAAUGUUUUUUGUAUUGACUAGCUUUUGUGUUGCACAGUAACACUGCAUGUCUUAUACUGCUUUUUCCCCCCAUCCCAAGAUGAGUGAAAUUAGGAAAGUUCUCCAUUUGUCUGUUUUUUUCCCCCUAGUUAGAGAAAUUUCCAGGUUUAGAAAUGCCUUUCUUAGUGAAAGAAUAGAUGACUGAAGAAAAGUACACUAAAUUAUGUGUUUACAGUUCUGUGCUGACUUAGGCCUCGGCCUUACAAACUUAUGCGCAGACUUACAUGUAAUGCCACACUUAUAAAUUUAGUGCAAUUGUACAGAAUAUGUUUCACAACACUUAAUUUGCCUUUGUCUUUCUCUUAAAAAAUGAGAAAAAAAAUCUGUGAUCCACACAGUAGAUGAAAACAGAGUCUUUGCAUACCUUUCACAUACAGCCUAUACUGCAUUAUGUGCUUGUUCACAGAUAAUGCACUCUUGUGGAGGUUCCAUGAUAACAUGGCCAUUGUGUAAUUGCAAUGAGUAACAGUAGUGACCUACAGACAGAACACAGGUUCUCUUUUUCCAUCUCCUGUCUUUUGGGCUCUAUUGCUCUAAUAGGCAUGCCAGCUUUUGGGUUUCAUGUGAACAACUUGGCCUCUUGAGUUUUGCCUUCUGUUAUGGUCGAGCACAUGCCAGUAUCUGUUUAUGUGUACAGUGCGUGAUCGUAGUCGCAUAAUGUAUAAAUGCACCUAAGCCUUUGCUGUACAUAGAGAUCCCUCAGGCUGAGAAUUCAGUAUGAAGUUAUCUUAUUUGUAUGAUGCAUGUUACCUAGCGGCAGCCCCAUAUUUUAUUUCUUUUUAGUUUGCCUUACCAAUUCUAAGUGCAGAAUUUUUUUGGUAAUCACAGCAAACUGGUUGGAAUUAAAAAAAAAAAGAUAAAAAAAAAAAAAAAAAAAAAAAAAAAAAAAAAAAAAAAAAAAGAAAGAAAAAUGUAGCAGGAAACAAUUACAGCAAAGUAGAAUGGAUGAUAUCUCAUGCUGUGUCCUCUACUUUCCUCCUUAGCCAUUCUGUUUCAGCUAAUAAUGCAGAUGCAACCUUUCAUCCACUAAGUACUUGAGACAGAAUCCACAGUUCCUAAUUUACAUGGAAAUUAUCUAAAUCUAUGGUGACUACAAAAAUGCUGUUUGGAAUUCAGGUAUCCCAACAACUGGAUGGAAUGUUUUUCUUCGCAGGUUAAGUAUAUUUGGAUUAAAUAUAUUGCUGACAUUUUCCCUUUUUCCCCCUUUCCAUAUAAAAAUGCUGAUCUUAAAAGCAUUGCAAAAGUAUUCCUUAACACACUCUAUCUGUGUGUAUGGAAAGCUUUUCACUCAUCUUUUACUCACUGACAAUAAAGAUAACUUCACUAGUUCUGUUUCCUACCAUUAAAAAUGCUUGACAGUAUCACACACUAUGUUAUGUUUUGAAGUUUGUAAGUACUGAGAGAGCACAUGUUUCCCUGGCAAAUUUGUCAAAUUUGCAAUAAGUUGUUCUAUUAAUGUCUCAAGUAAAUUAGUUACUGUUUCUAUUAUAAAACUACCCAAACCACUUAAAAUAUAUGUUUGCUAUAGUAUAAUGUCUAUUACAAAUUUAAAAAUUUGGCUCCAGUGGCUGUGAUUUGGUUUGAGUUCCUGGUGUGUAAAAGGAGGAAGGUAAUGACAAAACAUUACUCCUUGUUAGGACCUAGACCAAAAAAAAAAUAGUCAUGAUGAGCUGUUUUUUUAAAGCAAAUGUAGUCCGUCUUAGCAUUUAUAGAGCACAGGUUCAUAUGUGUAAAUAUUUUGAAAAAAAAAAAAAAAUACUUGUACCUGCACUUUCAAAGUCAAAUCCACCAAAAGUAAGAACUUUGGAGCUGCAUUUGAAUUUCAUGGAUCAAAGAGAUGUUGAGAUUUAAUUGGUCAAAGUUCUGGACUCAAACUCUCAAUUGAUUAAGACAUCUAGGUUUGUUAGGCAUCUGACUCAUUAAGUUAAAUUGUCAAAAGUCCUUGCAUUUUUAGUUUACUAAAACUCAUCUUGCCCUAAAGAAUGUAUAAAAAGCUUAACAGAUCUUUCCUUUCCUAGAAGUGUUAGAUUUUAUAUUCUUAGAAUUGCGUUUUUCUUGAUAAUACUUCUAGUUGCUUUUCCCUCCUACGCCCUGUGAAGGUAAAAACACUGUUUGAAGCUGUAACAGUGUUUCUAGUGUAUUAUGAAAAGGUGCCUGAAAGUUAUGCACUAAGUGAGAAAAAUAGUUGACAUAGCAUGUUACUCAUCUGAGAUGUUGCAUAUUUUACUACAGCAUGAUAAAUUCCAUUGUUACAAUUAAUUUAUAAAUUUUGGAUGCUUUUACAAUAUUCUACUGUAAUGGUUCAACUCAUGGCAGUAUUUUUUUUCUAUGAGUAACCAUUAGAGAAAUUAAACAGGGUUUUUUUAGCUGGAGUAUAUGAUCAAGCAUAUUAAAUUGGAGGGGACAUGCAGAGCAGAAAUCAUCUUUUUAUGUGGCACAGAUUUUUUUCCUGUCUAUAAACUUGAAACUGUGAUCAGUUUGCUGUGACUGCACUUGGAGCAUAUAGUGUUAAAAUUGUAGGAGUAGCAAAAAGCACUAUUCAUGUUAAAAAAUGGAGAUUAUUAGAUGCUCAAAUCAGUCAUGACCCUUUUGAAAUAAUGCAUUUGCCUCAAACACUGUGAUAUUGGACCAGUUCUGUGAAGUAGAACAAUUAAUUUAUUCUUUCUAAAUGCAGAAAAGGCUUUCUGCACACUACUACAAAGAAGUCAAUGUUCAAACUUUAGGUUCUAUAUCCCAGUCUAGCAAAGGCACAUCAUAACUUUUGUUUGCUUUCUGACCAAAAACUGUGCUCGAUUGUAAUACGGGUGUAUACUCAAAUAAACCUAAAAUAAUGGACUGCUUUCUAGGGUAGAUCAAACUGAUUUGUAGAGUAGUUUCAUAAAUAUUCCAAAUUCAGGUUGGGCUGUUAUGUGGAGAAGAAAGAACUUCAAGGUAACAACAUUCAACUUUACUACAUUUAGUGAGCUGAAAAAUUUGUUUUAUAUAUAUAUAUAUUUACACACACAUAUAUAUAUAUAUGAUACAUAUAAACUAUCUUUGUAAAAAAUAUGCAAGUGCAAUACUUUAAAGAGGUCUUAACUUUGCAUUUAUAAAUUAUAAAUACUGUACAUGGUGUGUAAUUUUUUUCAUGUAUUCAUUUGCAGUCUUUGUAUUUAAAAAACAAACCUAAACCUUUACUAUUACGUUUGUACAAUAGAACAGUAAGCAUUUAUUAUGAUAUAGCUAAGUUGUAAAUAAAUUCACAAACCAAACAGCCAGUACAUAUGCAUAUAUGGGUGUCCUAUUGUGAAACCUGUUUUUGCUUUUACUGCUGGCUUUAGCACAGCAAGACGACUUCUGUGGAUAUGUAAUUAUACAUAUAAAUAUAUGUAUGAUACAUAAAAUAUAUUUAGAAAUGUUCAUAAUUUUAAUGGAUAUAUCUAUACAUAUACUUUGGUGUGAAUAUUACUGAAUACAGAGUUUUUUAAUAUUA